UCUGCUCGGCUGCAGGCGCAGGAAGCGGCGCGGCGGCAGCUGCAGGGCCAGAGCCCCGCGCCCCGCGUCCAGCCGCCGGGUGUGUGCGCCCGCGGAGCCCAGCGUCGCGCCUCGGCGCCCCCACGCGCCCACGCAGCGGCGCGGGGACCCGGGCGGGGGCAGAGGGAGGGCCCGGCCCAGGGAGGGGAAGGGGCCGGUCCUCCCAGCGCAGGCAGCAGCCGCGGCAGCCCAGGAGGCGGAGGCAGCGGCAGCGGCAGAGACAGCAACGUGCCCGCCGCAGUCAGCCCGGCCUCUUCGGACCCGCACCGGCCCGCCCGCCUGCACCGCGUCGGGGCGCUCUCUCCACUGCGCGCGGUACAAGGAAAUGCUAGAACUAGUGAUCUCAGCCAGCCUCACUGUAAACAGCGCUUGUCUGGAGAAACUGAAGUUUCACCGUGCUGGCGUCACUGUGUGGACUCUGAGUGACAGAGAAGGCAUCACCAGAUCAGCCCCCCUGAGAGUGUCCCAGCUCUUCUCCAGAUCUUGCCCACGUGUCCUCCCCAGCCAGCCUUCCACAGCCAUGGCAGCCUACGGCCAGACGCAGUACAGUGCGGGGAUCCAGCAGGCUACCCCCUAUACAGCUUACCCACCUCCAGCACAAGCCUAUGGAAUCCCUUCCUACAGCAUCAAGACAGAAGACAGCUUGAACCAUUCCCCUGGCCAGAGUGGAUUCCUCAGCUAUGGCUCCAGCUUCAGCACCCCACCCACUGGACAGAGCCCAUACACCUACCAGAUGCACGGCACGACAGGGUUCUAUCAAGGAGGAAAUGGACUGGGCAACGCAGCCGGAUUUGGGAGUGUGCACCAGGACUAUCCUUCCUACCCUGGCUUCCCCCAGAGCCAGUACCCCCAGUAUUACGGCUCAUCCUACAACCCUCCCUACGUCCCGGCCAGCAGCAUCUGCCCUUCGCCCCUGUCCACGUCCACCUACGUCCUCCAGGAGGCAUCUCACAACGUCCCCAACCAGAGUUCCGAGUCACUUGCCGGUGAAUACAACGCACACAACGGACCUUCCACGCCAGCGAAAGAGGGAGACACAGACAGGCCACACCGGGCCUCUGACGGGAAGCUCCGAGGCCGGUCUAAGAGGAGCAGUGACCCAUCCCCGGCAGGAGACAAUGAGAUUGAGCGUGUGUUCGUGUGGGACUUGGAUGAGACAAUAAUUAUUUUUCACUCCUUACUCACGGGGACUUUUGCAUCCAGAUACGGGAAGGACACCACGACGUCCGUGCGCAUUGGCCUCAUGAUGGAAGAGAUGAUCUUCAACCUUGCAGAUACACAUCUGUUCUUCAAUGACCUGGAGGAUUGUGACCAGAUCCACGUUGACGACGUCUCAUCAGAUGACAAUGGCCAAGAUUUAAGCACGUACAACUUCUCUGCUGAUGGCUUCCACAGUUCAGCCCCAGGAACCAACCUGUGCCUGGGCUCUGGCGUGCACGGCGGCGUGGACUGGAUGAGGAAGCUGGCCUUCCGCUACCGGCGGGUGAAGGAGAUGUACAAUACCUACAAGAACAACGUCGGCGGAUUGAUAGGUGCUCCCAAAAGGGAGACCUGGCUACAGCUCCGAGCCGAGCUGGAAGCUCUCACAGACCUCUGGCUGACCCACUCCCUGAAGGCACUAAACCUCAUCAACUCCCGGCCCAACUGUGUCAAUGUGCUGGUCACCACCACUCAACUAAUUCCUGCCCUGGCCAAAGUCCUGCUAUAUGGCCUGGGGUCUGUGUUUCCUAUUGAGAACAUCUACAGUGCAACCAAGACAGGGAAGGAGAGCUGCUUCGAGAGGAUAAUGCAGAGAUUCGGCAGAAAAGCUGUCUACGUGGUGAUCGGUGAUGGUGUGGAAGAGGAGCAAGGAGCAAAAAAGCACAAUAUGCCUUUCUGGCGGAUAUCCUGCCACGCGGACCUGGAGGCACUGAGGCACGCCCUGGAGCUGGAGUAUUUAUAGCAGGAUCAGCAGCAUCUCCACCUACCAUCUCACCCUCAGACCCCCUCGCCUUCCCCACCUCCCCACCGAGAACUCCAGAGACCCAGAUGCUGGACACCAGGCAGGGGCCCCACAGCCAAGACGUUGUGUCCGGUGACCAUCUCAGAAGCCGUCCAUCAGUCCAAAUGAGGGUUCCGAGAAACAAAGUACCCAACUUUGGCUUCGGAGUAUUUGACUUUGGGGCAAAGGGCUGGCUCGGAGUCUAGACUCUUCUGUGAGACUCACAGAACAAAAGCAAGGAAUUGACGACUUGGGGGAGGCCUGGUGAUGAGGAGGGGGCGGGUUUGUCUUGUCUUCUUUUUAAUUUAUGGACUAGUCUCAUUACUCCGGAAUUAUGCUCUUGUACCUGUGUGGCUGGGUUUCUUAGUCAUUGGUUUGGUUUGGUUUUUUGAACUGGCAUGUGGGGUGGUUCACAGUUCUAAUGUAAGCACUCUCUUCUUCAAGUUGUGCUUUGUGGGGACAAUCAUUCUUUGAACAUUAGAGAGGGAGGCAGUUUGAGCUGCUGAAAAGACUGUUGCUUAGUUUUGUUUUUAAAGACCCUACUUGACGUCAUGUGGACAGUGCACGUGCCUUACGCUGCGUCUUGUUUUCUAGGAAGAGGGGGAUGCUGGGAAGGAAUGGGUGCUUUGUGAUGGAUAAAAGGCAUUAAAUAAACCACGUUUACAUUUUGAA